AAACGUGACCAAGUGCGCAUCGACGCUGCGCGCGUGUACGGUUCGAGACGUAAUUUUUCGAAACGCUUGCCUGCGGACUCGUGUGACGGCGCUUUCGGCCGGUUGGUGGGUUUGUUGUUUAUGUGCGUUUUCGGGAAAAUUGGGUGACUCGUGGGUAAUUGUGUAUGUGUAUGUGCGUGUGAGUGCGCGUGUGUGUGCACCCUUUCUGUCUUUCGUUACCGAGCCACACCGUGCGAGACGAGUGAAAAGUGCCUCCAUCCCACCUACGCAAAAACCCCACAACUUACGGUUAACGACAUCGAUUUGGCUGCCGGUUCAGAUGGCCAAAGAUUUGUUUUGAUUUCACCCGUGUGUGUAUAUGUGUGUGUGUGUGUGUGUGUGUGUGUGUGUGUGUGUGUAUGUAAAGCGAAGGAAAAAGUGUGUCCCGAGCUCGAAACGGUUUUUGGGCAAAAGCAAAAAGGAACUACAAAUGUGAUGUAGUGAGCAUGUGAGAGCAAGUGAAAAUUAGGAACGCCAACCGAGAAAGAGCCAGAAGCUGUGAAGCGAAAGCUCGUUGUACCUCAACUCAGCAGUCUAGCUACCAGCGAACUUCUCCGUGAGUGGGCAUGGUUGUGCAAACCGUGCCGCAUCCGUUUGCUCUGCUGCUAAGCAACGCAAUCGGUACGCGUGGAUCGUUCUCUACUGGAGCAUCACAGUAGGCACCGAGCGGAAGAGUCACCAAAGAGUCCCGCUUUUUUCCCGCGUUUCAACCGGUGUGUGGAUGAAAAAAGCAGACAACAACGUCCUGUACCGGUCGCGAAACGCACAUCAACACUACACGACGCAGCAUAACACAAUGCCAGCAAGCGUAAUUGAGAGUUUUGGGAGAGUACUGUUGUAGCGUGUGGUGCACAUUAACAGUUAUUGUUACCACCAGCAGGACCUACUACGUCCUAGUAAGAGUAGCUACCAGUAUACGCUAGUUUGUGAUUUGUGCUGUGUUUUAUUCAGUUUCAUCAUAAUUCUAAUGCGUUCGCUUCUGGUUACGUGAAGAUCUGUUCCAAUUUUAUUGAAUUCUUGCUAAACCGUCCGCGAAUGUUUAAUAGUGCAUAACUGUGACAUGCUUAACGAGCAAAUCAAACGAUGAAACCCGUGAAAUCCAUUAGAUAAAUGGUACAACAGAGCACACCCAUAUCCCUUUCGAAGAAGACUAUUCAAUGACACGCUAGGCUUGCCUUGGCAUUCCUUCUAAUAAACAAUAAUGGUCUCAAGGAUAGUGUAAGAACGAUAUCAUAACUUACCCUCCUGCCGUUGGGAUAUCUUGCUUUGCGUCAGCCAGUUCAUCAGUGAAUUUCUGGUUCCCGUGAGCCCUGCACUGGUUGCCUCCCGUUUGCCGGUGGUGAAAGUGUACCAGCCGGACAGGAUCAUGUAUCCCGCCGUGCAAUUGGCGCCAAAGGAUAUGACGACACCAACGGUGACGACGUUGCGGACGUCGGCAAUCGUACGAUAGGAACCUUGGAAUGUCCAGGGCCUAGGUCGUUAGAUGGAAUCCUAACCAAAAUGCUGGAUUUUUGUGUUAUUCGGUAGUGCAUGUGGCAAGUGUAGUGUGCUAAAGUGAGUUAUAUGUUAAAUUGAGUUGCAUAGAUUUAGACCAUUCCUGUUGGAAAGAAGAGCGGUACGAGAAGAAACCACGAACGAAUACGAAGCAACAACAGUGCACGCUUGUUAUAACAGAAAUACCAAUAUUUUUGCCAUUGAGUGCCAGCAGAGUGUGCGUGUGUGCAUAGGAAAGAAUCACCGGCAAACGAUACGUACUCAGGAAUAAUGGCUGCAUACGCUCAAUUUGGCUACACAUAUCCGCCGGCAAGUCAGCUGCUCGUUAGCGGAGGACAGACGACAACCGCAAGCUCCCAGUCACCGAUCUCCGCCACGAACGCGCCCUCGCUCAGUCCCGGUGGUUCGGCCACGGGGGCUCCGUCCGGUGCCCUCAGUCCCGGGGCCGUCUCGCAAACCUCGCAAAACAAUGCCUCCCUAGGUGGUGGCGGUGGUGGUGGCGGAGCCGGAGGAGGCGGCGGUGGUGGUGGACCCACGACAUCCUGCUGUGAGAAUGGCCGCCCGAUCAUGACCGAUCCCGUGUCCGGACAGACGGUUUGCUCGUGUCAGUACGACUCCGCCCGGUUAGCGCUGUCCGGGUACUCGCGCAUUCCCACCGGAAGUGUCGGUGUGUAUGGGACGCCUUACCCUUCGACGGAGCAGAACCCCUAUCCGAGCAUCGGUGUGGACAGUUCCGCCUUCUACUCCCCGCUGAGCAACCCGUACGCCCUGAAGGACAGUGGGCCAACAAGUGAUAUGACGGCGUGGACUUCCGCCGGACUGCAGCCAACGACCGGAUACUAUCCGUACGAUCCAACCUUAGCUGCCUAUGGAUACGGUGCCGGGUACGAUCUGGCCGCCCGCCGGAAGAAUGCAACGCGCGAAUCGACCGCAACGCUGAAGGCGUGGCUGAACGAGCACAAGAAGA